GAAGUCACUAUCAAAAAAAAGUUAAAGCUAAAGCUAAAGUUGUUGAUAAAUCAGCGUGCCAUUAACUGGAAAGUGGAGGGAUGGUUCUCAGCUGUUCCAACGGCAGGUGCGUUCGGUUUGUGGAUCGACACCAGUCCGCGCUGAAUUUUGCGUUGCUGGUUUUUGGUUACAUCUUUUACCUCAUAAUCGGCGCCGGGAUCUUCUCCGCCAUCGAGCUGCCCUACGAGCAGGAGCUUCGCCAGGAGCUGAAAGAGGCCAAGCAGGACUUCCUGAGCAACAACACCUGUGUGUCCCACGCGCGCCUCGAUGAGCUUUUGGCCCGCGCGCUAGAGGCCAGUAACUAUGGAGUGUCCGUGCUGGGAAACGACACCAACCGAAACUGGGACUUUGUGUCCUCCCUGUUCUUCACCAGCACCGUGCUGACCACAACAGGUUAUGGCCACUCAGUUCCUCUCUCAGAUGAAGGGAAGGCCUUCUGUAUCUUCUACUCCCUCUUUGGCAUCCCCGUUACCCUCUUCUUCCUCACUGUUGUGGUGCAGAGGAUCAUGGCCGUGGUGAGUCAACGUCCAGUGUCCUAUUUCCACCGUCGAUGGGCCAUGUCUAAAUCAAAGCUAGCCGCCAUACACGCUACCUGCCUAGCCAUCAUCGUUGCCCUGCUCUUCCUCGUCAUCCCUGCGUGGAUUUUCGUCAGCCUGGAGAAGGACUGGGACUUUCUGGAGUCUCUGUAUUUCUGUUUCAUCUCUCUGACGACCAUUGGCCUUGGGGAUUAUGUCCCCGGACAGACCCACAGUAAAGAGGCCAACCAACAUCCACAUCUCUACAGGCUGGCCAUUACUAUCUACUUGCUUCUGGGCUUGGUGUUUGUCCUGGUGGUGCUGGAGACGUGUUGCGAGCUUCCCCAGAUGAAACACUUCAGACAGAGGUUCUACCAAGAAAAGGUUCGGGAGCUGGACUCCGAGACGACCAACAUCAUCAGCAGCGACCAGCUGAGCGAACCCUCGGAUCACAUGACAAAUCACCUACGAGUCAUCCCUUCUGUGUCAGAACAGGCUGCGUACUUACAGUGGGACAGCAAGUCAACGCCUUACACCGCUGUAUCAGCAUCUAAUGUGAAUGGCAAACUUCAAUGAUAGUCUUGAAAACAAUGUUUUUGAAGGGACCGGGCUAUAAACUUGUGCUCCAUUUGUGGCUGCUCAGGACAUACCGGCUUUGGCCUUUAAAUGUGUAUGCGUAUAUAAGGAGCCUGAGUACACUUGUGUGCAAAUCUACAUGUAAACUGGGUCACUUAAUCACUUAAAAUGGCAUUAAGUCAUUGCCAUUAUCUCCAGACAUUUGUGGCAUAAAAGCAGGCACCACCCACAGACUAUCAAGAUGGCAUUGUUUUCUUGAUCUCUCCUGUAGCUCCAUUCCUUGCAGAUAAGAGCUUGAUCUGUGACAAGGAGGAAGGGCUGGGCUCCCAAACGGAGGGAAACUCCACAAGGUUCCACUUCCUGCCAAAGUCUUUAUGCCGUAAUGCCAAAGCGGCAGAGUUUACUCUAGAGGAUUACACACCCGCUCUUAGCAUUUCAUACAAUCUAUGGUGGUAUUUGCAUAGGCAAGCAGCACCAGGGGAAUCAGAUGCACCAUCAGUGGACCUACUGUACAUUAUUUGCAAGAUUUACAAGAGAAAGAUUAUCCAUAAUAGUUGGGUGGACAAUAUAAUGCAAAACAGUUCAACAGCACCACAAACUUCAGCCUUCAUAAUGACCAUACAGUUGAUUUACCACAAAACUGUUUGUUUUGAGUAUUAUGACUUUAAUGAAGGGAAGAUUUAUUGCAGAACUGUUAGUUUAUUUGUUUCAGCUAGAUGUACCUAAUAAACUGGCCACUGAAUGUAUUUUAUUGAGGUAAAUAUACUGUAGUGCGUGUCCUUCGCCACUAGAGGGAGGCACUUUCAUUUUAUACACAACAUAUUUUCUUGAGGUUUGUUGUUACUUGGAUUUUAUCUCUCAUGCUGCUCAGGGGUGACUUUCAUAAACAUGUAAUUCUACAAGAAUGUGUCAUUGUUGCAUCUGAAGGGUGAUAGAGCAUGUUGUAUUGUGUUAUCCAUUUUACUCACUAGCUAGCAAAACUUGGUUAUGGUAGUUUUAAAAAAAUAAAAUAAAAUUCCAAUUAGCUUUCUGGAUAAAGUGUAAAUAAAUCAAGCAACAUUAAA